AUGGCUCCUUCGAAGCUAAAGAAAGUGCCUCAGUCGCCGCCUGUCUUUACUGCAACACCUGACUCGUUGAUUUCUGACACCAAACGGAUAAUCGGCUCGUCCCGCAAAGUUCAGGAUGCUAUUGCGGCAAAGAUUGCCGCUGAAGAGGCCACCUUUGCCAAUGUAGUGUUCCCAAUGGCCCGAGAUGAGAACUUAAUGGCGCUUGAAUCGCACAUCAUUGGAUUCUACCAGGCAGUUUCUACCGAUAGCAAACUCCGAGAUGCUUCAGCUGAGGCGGAGAAACUUAUGGAUGAGUUCGCCAUCGAGUCUGCCAUGCGGGAGGACCUGUUCAAUCUCGUUGCUGCUGCUCUAAAGAAAGGCGAGAAGCUGGAUCCUGAGUCACAGAAAUUGUUGGAAAAGGAACAUAAGGACUACAUACGCAAUGGCCUAGGAAUUCCCGCCGGCCCAAAGCGGGACAGAUUCAAGGAGAUCAAGAAACGGCUGAGCCAAAUUGGGAUUGAAUUCCAAAAGAACCUGAAUGAAGAAAAUGGGGGACUGUGGUUUACAAGAGAUGAACUGGAUGGGGUUCCAGAGGAUGUAUUAUCUGGGUUGAAGAAGGGCGAAGGGGAAAAUGAGGGCAAAGUAAGACUGACCUUUAAGUACCCUGAUCUGUUCCCAACCUUGAAAUAUGCCACCGAUUCCGAGACGCGGAAGAAGGUUAUGAUUGCCAACGAGAACAAAUGCAACCAAAACGCCCCGUUGUUCAAAGAAGCUGUCAUCCUGAGAGAUGAAGCGGCACGCUUGCUCGGGUAUCCCAAUCACGCUACUUUUAGGAUUGAGGACAAGAUGGUGAAGACACCUAAGACCGUCGAUGACUUCCUCAGUGAUCUAUAUUCUCGACUGAAGCCUGGUGGCGAAAAGGAGCUGGUGGCCCUCAAGGCAUUGAAAAAAGCUGAUAUCACGUCUCGCACUCCAACCCAAUUGUUUGACGGUCGUUACUACUUGUGGGACCACCGGUUCUACGAUCGAAUGAUGCUGGAAAAGGAAUUUUCCAUUGAUCAUCAGUUGAUCGCAGAGUACUUCCCAUUGCAGACUACAAUCCGUGAUUACAGGCGGUGA